AUGGCAACUGCACCUAAUGAAUAUAUUGUAGCUUCUGGAUCUUGUUGCUGGUUUAAAGGACUACUUCAAGAAAGACCACAUAUGGCUCGCGUCUGGUUGGCAACGUCGGACCUGAUUCCUGUACAUCUGGAAAAGAUCAGUUUGUUCCGAAAGUCAUACCGAAAUAUAUUUUUGAGAACCUUCAUGAGAAAUUUUGCCCAGCUACAGCACCUAGUCAACCUAUUCAAGAAGGGGCUACCUCUACAAGCCCGGAAGCAGUUCCUGAAGGCUACUCUGAGAGGAAUUGCUGAAUUACACAAUCGCGACGUCGUUCAUCCAGAUAUCGAGCCAGACAAUAUCAUAGUUGAAUUCCAGCACAGUGGUCAAGAUUUUACACAAAGUCCCGAGGCACACUUCAAGGGUCAGCUCAACAAGCCAACAGACUUUUCUUUUAUUUGGAUUUGUUUGUAUCUAUGCUAUGCUCAGACGCGCGUCCUCUUUGGUCUUGACGAGGGUUUCAGGAAGCAUCAGACCCAGGGCGCAUUGCCUGCCUUCAGUCGCAUGCAGCGUCAAGCGUUUCCUGAUGUCGUUGAUCCAGCAUUGAAAGACCUGAUCCAGGGAUUCACAACUCCGGACUCAGUCAAACGAGUUACAGCGUGCCAGGCAUUAGAGCAUCCGGGGUUGCGUGAUGACUAG